AACAAGUACAUUUUGGAGAUGUUAUGUCCCAAGAUAGACGACUUACCACAGGCACUCCACAAGGAAGUUUGCUCUCGCCCAUCCAUUACACCUUGCUUACUAGUGAUUUCUCUUGUUCGACUGCUUCAUCUUGUCACGUAGUAAAGUAUGCAGAUGAUACUUGUAUCAUUGGCUUGAUCACCAACACCGCUGAGGUUGCACAUGGGGAUACAAUGGCGCUUUUCAGGUUUACGGUCGUUUUUCUGGCUUUAACGUGCCUUAUGAUGGGCCAAAUGAUGGUGCAUGGAAGAAGCGCCGGGGGCCGGGGACUGGUGUAUGACGACGACGAUUUCACUGAACGUCAAGCAAGAAAGGCUGUCCUUGAGCGUAACAAGCGUUCUUCUUCAAGCUCAGGAUCAAGCUCGGAUGCAAGCUCGUCUUCAAGCUCAGAGUCCAGUGCCGAGAUAGAAAGAUCCACCAUAACUCGAUGUGCAGGUGAUGAUGCAGCUGCUAUCUCUUGUGAAGAUGACCAAACGAUAAAUAUCGUCAGCGCUGAUUUUGGCCGUCGUGAUAUGACCACUUGUAGUGAUGGUGUUACUAAUCCAAAUCGUUUAAACGAAGACAACUGUCGUUCGACGACAGCCCAGCCAGAGGUCCAAGACCUGUGUAACGGCAUGGUAACUUGUGACAUUCCUACGACCAGUGCCGCUUUAGGCGGCAAUCCCUGUCAGGAUAUAGCCAAGUACAUCACAGUAGUCUACGAUUGCAUACCGUGUGAUUGUGAAUAUUGACGUAAUGUGUAAUACGCUUCACAUUAAUGUACAUCAUAACACACAACCCAAUGAAUAUGCAAAUGUCUUUUGUUGCGCGCAGUUGCAUGUCAUUCAUUUACACCUCCGCAGUUAAAUUACCGCGUCAUAUCUGAACGUACCUUAAUUGUUCACUUAUGUGAAAGCAGAAAAAUAAGAGAAAUAGCGAAAGUUUGAAAUAAAUCGGACAAACAACGAGAAAGUUAUAAAAGUUUUAAAUAUAAGAUGCCUUUUAUUUGGAAUCUCAAAUCAGAAACCUGAUUGGGGGUACAUAAUUAACUCAACAUAAUUUCAAAAAACGUAAAUAUUACUGUUAUUUUUUUUUUUUAAUUUGAUCAAACCACUUCUUUGAUUAUCAAUUUAAUGUGAUUACGUAUCUGAAUCUUCUUUGGAACAAACAUCUUCAUGAAAGGAGGUGACAAUCUGGUAUUUUGUCUAAAACAUUAACUGAAUAGAAUUUUUAUCAAACGUAAAUUAGAUUUAUUGAAUAGUAUGUUCACAUAAGCUAACAUAACGGGAAUCAUGGUAUCACUAUAGUAUGUGUAAAUAUAGUAUAAAGUAUAGUAUACAAAUAAACACUGGCUUGAUAGGUUCUAGUUAAAACUAUGGUACUACAUGUAUUUGAGUCAUAGAGGCAUAUAGUUUUAACCAGCACCUCGAAAAGAAGGAUUGGUAUAAAUGUUAUAUAUCUUGCAUCAAAAACAAAAGCAAAUUAUUGAAAUUUAAUGUUUAAGCGUUUUAAACAUUUUGGAAUUCAAUAAAGGUCAUUGAAAUGAGAAAAACAUUAUCACUUACAUUUUUUAAAUUUAAAAUGUCAUAGUUGUGAUAAAAAUAAUUUUUAAAAAGAAUUGUAUUUUUUUUAAACUCCCAAAUAGUACUCCAAAGUAGUUCUUCUACUACCAAAUAGUACUUUUUCAGAGCAACCUUAAAAUGGUUGAAAUAUUUCUGGUCACGUGAAGAGCUCUCAACCAAUCAAAAACCAAUAAAUUGUUGAUGCAGGAUAUAAUAUAGUAUAGUAUGUAUGGUACCUCCUCUUCUCAUGAAAGAUAGUGUAUUAGAGGAAUGCUCAUACUUGUUGCAGCAUACGAACAUUAUGAACUGCGAUAGGCCUAUAUGUAGUAAGCGGGUAAGCAUUCACACGAUUAAUGUCUAUUUACAUGACUUUGUACAUUGUAUGUGUACUGUAUAUUAUUAGAAUUCGUUGUAAAAUCAUCGUUACAAUAGAAAGCAACACAAUGUAUGUUAAUGUACUUUCUUAAAAUCUCAGAUAACUUUAGAGAUGAGGAAGGAAAGGCGAGGGAAUGUAGGGAGAAAAGCAGAUGGAGGGGCUAAAAGUGGAAUGCUUUGAUAAGUUAUUUAAAGUUUAGUUGUUAAAUUUAGUUUGUCUCCUGUAAUCAAAGUAAAGCUAUGUGUCAUAAAGAUUGACAUAUAUUUGUAACGUUCACGGCUCAUAGACAAAUUGUUUAAUUUAUUAAAUAG